GCAGAUUCCUACUGCCUGUCUUUUUUUGUCUUUCUCUUUGUCUUGGGCAGAGAACUACAGCGGCAGGCUGGCUUUCUCUGUUAUGAAGAGCUUCCAGUAAAACUUAAACUGAGGAAAUAAAACUAUAGGGACGCACCGCAGUUCCUGUCUGUGUCUUACGGCCCUUUAAUUUAAUUUAAUUGAAUUGUAUUUUAUUAUUUCUCUUUAUCAAUUGCAAACAUGAGGAUCAUCUGGUUCUUGCUGCCGUGUCUUUAUCUAAUCUCAUUUUGCAUUGCGGAAGAAGGGCUUGAAUUUCCUACUUACGAUGGAAAGGACCGGGUGAUAGACAUUGAUGCAAAAAAUUACAAGAAGGCGCUGAAGAAGUAUGACAUGCUGUGUCUCCUCUACCAUGAGCCCAUUCCUUCCAGCAAGGAGCUGCAGAAGCAGUUUCAAAUGACUGAGCUGGUGUUGGAGCUUGCUGCCCAGGUUCUGGAAGAUAAACACAUUGGGUUUGGAAUGGUAGAUUCAAAGAAAGAUGCCAAAGUGGCCAAAAAACUUGAUCUGAACGAGGAAGGCAGUGUCUAUGUGUUCAAAGCUGAACGUGUCAUUGAGUUUGAUGGAGAACUCGCUGCAGACGUCCUGGUUGAAUUUCUGUUAGAUCUGAUGGAAGAACCAGUGGAGUUCAUCAGCAACCCCUCAGAACUCCGAGCCUUUGACAACAUCGACCAGGAGAUCAAACUCAUUGGCUAUUUCAAAAACGAAGAUUCAGAACAUUUUCAUGCUUUUGAAGAGGCAGCUGAGCACUUCCAGCCUUACAUUAAAUUCUUCGCAACAUUCGACAAAGGAGUUGCAAAGAAACUUACUUUGAAAAUGAAUGAGGUGGACUUUUAUGAAUCUUUCAUGGAAGACCCAGUUACCAUUCCUGGAAAGACACACACUGAAGAGGAAAUUGUGGAGUAUGUGAAUGAACACAAACGAGCUACUCUUAGAAAGUUGCGUGCACAAGACAUGUUUGAGACCUGGGAGGACGAUUUGGAUGGAUCCCACAUUGUUGCCUUUGCUGAAGAGGAAGACCCUGAUGGUUUUGAGUUCCUGGAGAUUCUUAAAGAAGUGGCCAGAGACAACACCAACAACCCUGACCUCAGUAUUUUGUGGAUUGACCCAGAUGACUUUCCAUUGUUGAUCGCUUAUUGGGAGAAAACCUUCAAAAUUGACCUCUAUAAACCCCAAAUUGGAGUGGUGAAUGUUACUGAUGCUGAUAGUGUGUGGAUGGACAUCACAGAUGAUGAAGACCUGCCCACAGCUCAGGAGCUGGAGGAUUGGAUUGAGGAUGUGCUGUCUGGGAAAGUGAACACUGAGGAUGAUGAUGAUGACAAUGAUGAUGAUGAUGAUGAUGAUGACAAUGAUGAUGAUGAUGAUGAUGACGAUGAUGAUGAUGAAGAUGAUGAUGAUGAUGACGAUGAUGAUGACGAUGAUGAUGACGAUGAUGACGAUGACGAUGACGAUGAUGACGAUGAUGAUUAAUUUAUUAACUGUGUAUCUAUGACAGAAUCUUUCAUCACAGGCAUUAUACAAAUACUUAGACUUACAGUUUGUGCUGGAUUCUGCUGCUAAAAAAAGGAUUCCUCUGCCAGUGGCAGCAAGUUCAGGAAAAACUCCACCUUGAACGAUUUUAUAGAUAAAACAGUUUUGUACAUUUUGUACUUUCACUAUUUUAUCCUAUUAUUGUUUAGAUUUUUUCUUUAAAUCCAUUUUUCAAAAGUCAAAAACAAAUAACAUCUUGUUUACUGAAGUAACAAAAGAAUUACCAGUUAAAAAAGGGUUACAGAAUCAGGAAUGUAAUUAUGUCAAUAACACAUGUGAAAAAACAACAACAUUAUUUUAUAUUUUACGAAUGUAAAAUACAUGUUUGAGAAUUAGACUUUUUAACUUUUUUUUUGCUGAAAACCUACCAUUUGCUUGUAUAAGGUCAUUAUAAACAGUUAGAGAACCUAGCCCGUAGUGGUUGAAACCUGGAAUAUACAAAACCAAAUCUCUUUAAUGACUUUACAUUACCAUUGACAACAUAUGUGGCUUUCAAAAUCUCUCUUUGGACCAGAGAUAGUAGAUAUAAAACUUUAGAAAAAAAUGUCUUUAAGGACAAGUGUCUUGAGUCGGUCAUGUCUAUGACAGUUGAAUAAUGUGAUAAUGAAUUCUGUCAAGGCUACAGUGUAUAUUUUAUUUUGAACUCUGAGAAAGGAGCGGUAUGCUAUAAAAAUGCACAGAAUUACACUGGUAAACCAACAGCGAUAAGCUCAAUCAUUUUUACAAUGUACUGUAAUAUCGAAUCUACAUGUUUACGCCCAUCGCAAAUGGCAACUACAGCGUAAGCAGGAAAAACGUUCAGCAUAUGACACAUUAGAGUUAAAAUACUUUAGGGUUAAAAUACAUAUCACACCUGUAUGUCACAUAUAUUUAAAUAAGUUUUUUUUUUUUAGUAAAAUAAGGUUUGAUAUUCAUGUUUGACAGGUAGUUGUAAGGUAGUCAUGAGUAUCAAAUUGAAUUUUAUUCAUUAAAAAAAUCUUUAAAUACCUCAUGUGAAUAGGGCCUAAUAAGUCACAGUCUCCAAUAUUGUGCCAAAAAAUGUUUAUGCCAUUUUCUGACCAGAGAUGCUUAUUUUAUAUGUCUAGUAAAACAAUGUAUUUUCAAAGGCAAGUCAAACAGCAUCAGUACAAUAUAUACCCAAGAGUAAGGCUUCACUAUUGUUCUGUUGACAUUUAUAACCAAAUAAAUCAUGUGAAUGAAGCUUCCUACCUUGCAUUCUACUCACAGGGGUCCCUUGUGAUCCAUCAAUGUACAUGUUUUAGAGAUUUGACUCCUGUGAAAUGCUGUUAUCUCCCUUUCUUGGUGAACGCAUGCUAGGGAAAUUGGCCAUCUAUUGUCAGGAAUGUACCUUAAUAAUAAAAACAAAUAUAAACUACAA